CUUGAAUUUGUUGUGGUGUCAUUUACCAAUGUCACUUUAAAUAAAACCGUUAAAAGUUUGUUGUAUGUAGUGUUUUUUAAAGUGUAAACAUCCAAAUACGUCGAGUUUUUUAGUUAUUUUUUAGUUAUUAUUUUAUUAGUUUACUGCUUUAAUCUUUUAGAACAGUGAAUUGACUGGAUAAAGAGUUUUAUUGUGAAAUACCUAUCCUCAACAACUGUCCUGAUACAUCGAAAUAGUGGCAUUGGUACAUGGGUUGAUGCAUUCAUCACAUUCUGCUCUAUCUACUGGAAUAAAAUGAGCCGAGCUAAGAAUAAAAUAAGUAAAAUCACUUCACCCCUUGCAUCUAGCAGUGACUCUUCAUCAGGAUUGGAAAACGAUGAGCUGCCAAAUCAACUCAAGAAUUUAAUAAAUAAAGAUGAUAUACCAAGAAGAAAGAAAAAAAUUUGGGAUGAUCAAAUCCAACCUAUCAAAUUUCGCCCAUCCAUAGUACAGAGAGCAUUGAUAAGAAAUGUGUACACUAGCACUCCAUCUAAUAAGAACCUUGCAAAAUUGUUUUUUCCAUCAGAUUCAUCUUAUUCUCCAAUAGAUCUCAUUGACACUGAAGUUGAAAGAAAGCUUAAACAAAAGAAAUACUCUAAUACUAAUUUAAUUUCUGAUUCUUCUUGUGAUGAGUCAAACAAAAAUAGACAAGAUAAAAAUACAACACAUACAAGCAGAUUAAAAACUCAAAAGAAUAAAUCUGAGGCACCAGUAGGUGGCUGUUUAUUUAACGAUAUAGAUAAAAACACCUCUCCUAUGAGAUUUGAGAACAAGUCACAAACUCUAAAAAAGAGAUCUGAUUCACCGGAAAAUAGCUGUUUAUUUUAUGAUAAAGAUAUAUCACCUGUGAGAUGUUCGAACAAGUCACAAACUCAAAAGGAACAAUCUGAUUCACCCGCAAGUAGUUCUUCAUCUGAUGAUGAAGAUAAAAAAAUCUUGCCUAUGAGAUGUUCUAACAAGUCACAAACUCAAAAGAAGAAAUCUCAUUCACUGGCAAAUAGCUGUUUAUUUGAAGAUAAUGAUAAAAACGUGUCACAUUCGAACAUGUCCCAAAUAGACUUGAUUUGCAGAAGGCUGAGAAGAAAAUCUGAAACAAAUAAGGACGACAUGUAUAAAUUUAAAUCUUUAAAACUAUUAGGAAAAAUGACAACAUCUUUAAAUGGUACUACUAAACAGUAUUCUAAACGUGCAGAUUCUUCGGAACCAAACAAAUUUUUAAAAAAACGCGUCUGUGCUGGCACACAAAGAUUUUCUAAGCAACUUUUAUCUCAAAAUCAUCUUAGUACCAUUAAUUCUGAAGAUGAUAAUUGCAGAUUGCAUGAAUCUGAAAGCAACAAAAAUAAAUCUAAUUUAAUAGAAGUUAAAAAAUCGUCAAGUAAAUUUAGAAAUAGCGUCGAUUUAGAUAAAAAUGAAAUGGCAAAAGAAACGGCCAAAAAUUCAAGAAAUAAUACACCUUUAUUGUCCAAAAUAAUUAGUCGCAAUAAUUCUAAAGCAAACUUUUCUCAUCAGAAUGUUACUUUAAGAAAAUCUAAUAUAAUUGCUGACAGGGUUUCAACUUCAUCUAAGCCACUAUCAAUACAGAUCAAUGAUGGGACUGAUUGUGAACUUUCAACAAAAAAAAAUGUAGAGGUAGUUUCUAAGAUCCCUGUCUUGAGAAGUAGAUCCAAGUCAAAAGAAAAAUGCAAUAAAAGUACUAAAUCGAAAAUGGCAGAAUCAAUUUGUCAUUCUCAGUUCCAUAAAUCUUCCAUUGAAAAAGUACCCAAUGCCAGCUAUAAAGUUCCAAUAGAAAAUGAAGAGUCCAAAAAUAAUAAUACUCGACCUAACGAAACUUCUUCAAUUAUUGGUGCUAAGCAACGAAAAAAUUCUUUUGAAAGUGGUGCAGCAACAGAUAUAAGUAAUGCAACAAAAUAUAUAGACGAGUUAGACUGUUGUAAUAUAUACGAAAGUGUAAAAGAAGGAAGCAUUGUGGAUAGAUUCUCUAGUGGAUAUGAUCAUAACAUUUUGGAAAACCCUAGUAUUAAAAUACCAUGGAGAUACACUGCAUCAAGUUCAAAUAUUAUAUUACCAAAUGAUGACUGUUUAAAUGAGAAGAUGCCAUUUAAACAACCCUUGCUUAGAAAAAGUAUAAAACCGAGUAUAAAACACUAUUCAAGAGCUUUAUCGUCAGUAAUGCAUAGAAGUUCUUCAAACUCGAACAAGAGUUUAAACAGUUCUUCAGAUGUGGUUAGUUCAGGAACGAAAGAUUCUUCUUUUAUUGGACAUUCUACUACAGUAGAUAAUACAAUUAUUAAAGAAAAGUCUGCCAAUGAAAGACCAUCUGAUAAAAUCGAAAAAUGGUUGACCGACAUUAGGCUCAGCCAGUCUAAGGUUGUUUCUCCUGAAAAAUGGUUGACCGACAUUAGGCUCAGCCAGUCUUGUUUAAAUUUACAGAAUAAUAGGAAUGGUAAUGUACAAACAAAAAGUGAUAAUUUAAAUGUUACUAAUAGUAGAACUUUGAUAAACACAGAUGAUAAAGAAUUUACAGAACAUAAUUCCAAUGAUUCUAUCAAUGAAAAACUAUCUUCAAUAGUGAUAAAAAAGUCGAAUGUGACUAGGAAACCCCAAAACCAAUCAGAAACAAAUGAAGAAAAUCGUGAAAAAAGUAAAAAUUCCGUUAAAAAAAAAGAAAAGAAAAGUAGAAAAUCAUUACGUGUACUUUUAAAAAAUGAUAGAAAAUGUACUGUACAUACAAAACAAACCUCUCCAAUAAACAAAUCACGAAAGAAAACCCAAAGUGAUUCUGAGGCAGAUGAAGUCCAUUGUGAAAGAAAUGAAGAAAAUGGUGAAUCAAUUGAAGAAAAUGAUGAAGCAACUAAAAAAUAUAUUAAAAAAAUCAAAUUAAAAACUAGAAAAUCACUACGUGUACUUUUAAAAAAGGAAAAUUCUGAAAAACCACAAAUGAAAAAUCAAAUUAAAUCCAAAACAAAUGAUAAGAAGUGUGAAAGGAACGAAAAAAAUUAUGAAACAGAAGAUUGUGAUUGGGAUGAUGAAAUAAGUACACAAUUUUUUGAAAAACAAAAACAUGUUGCAGAAAUAAAACCGCAGGAUAAUGAAAUAAGGCAAUCGACAAGAAAAAGAGAGAGAAAAUCAACUAGACCAAAUAAAAAAACUGACAAAGGAAAAUCAACAAAAUCCGUUCAAGAAGAGUCUGCUGAAGAAAAUUGUGACAAGGAUGAUGAAAUAAGUACACAAUUUUUUGAAAAACAAAAACAUGUUGCAGACUCAUUAUGUACGAAUUUAAAAAAGAAUGUACAAGAAAUAAAACCGCAGGAUAAUGAAAUAAGUCAAUCGCCAAGAAAAAACGAGAGAAAAUCCGGUAGAUCAAAUAAAAAAACUGGCAAAGGAAAAUCAACAAAAUCCAUUCAAGAAGAAUCUGUUGAAGAAAAUUGUGAUAGGAAUCAUGAAAUAAGUACACAAUUUGUUGAAACCCAGAAAAAUGUUACAGACUCAUUAAGUUUGAAUUUAAAAGAGACUGCAAAUUUACAAGAAAUAAAACUGCAUGAUAAUGAAGUAGGCCAAUCAUCAAGAAAAAGAAGGAGAACAAAAACCGGUGAGUUUAGAAAAAGGAAUUUAGAAAAAGGAAAAUCAACGAUGCCUGUUCAAGAAGAAUCUGUUGAAGAAAAUUGUGAUUUGAAUUAUGAAAUUGAAAUAAGUACACAAUUUGUCAAAAAACAGAAAGUUGUUACAGACUCAAUACAUGUGAAUUUAAAAAAGAGUGAUACUUUACAAGAAACAAAACCACAGGAUAAUGAAAUAGUUCAACCAUCAAGAAAAGUAGGGAGACAAAAAAAAACCGGUGAAGAAGGAAAAUCGACGAUACCUCUUCAAGAAGAAUCUGUUAAUAUAGGUAACACCGGCAGACCAGUUAGAAAUAGAAGACCACCUAGACCUGGAAUGUAUGAUACUGUAGUAAUCGACAGCUGUAGAAAAUUAGACGCCCAACUUUGGAACUGUUUACCAAAGGAAGAUAAAGCGACAAGCAAGAAAAAUAAAAGUACUGGAACAAAAAAAAAUAAUUUCAAAAAACCAAUCUUAAACAAGAAAAAAUUAUCAUAUUCGAUAGCAACAAAUUCUGCAAUUUCAAGAAAUUCUGCAGUUCCAGAACAUUCUACAAUUCCAGAACAUUCUUCAAUUCCAGAAAAUUCUUCUGAUUUUCCCGAAGGAGUCAUAAAUCCUGUAUUUAACAAUGAAGAAAAUCGUGCUGCUAGCGAAAUGUAUACAAAUCUUAGUAAUAACAAUAAUUGUCAGGAAUCUAAUGACAAUCAACUAAUAAAAUUUAAUGACUUUGCAAUGCCUCAAACACAAAAACCAAUCGAUCAUGAUUCAGGUACAUCUACAAUGAUGGAUGAGAUUGUAAACAGAAAAAAUAAGAAGAGUAGUAUAUUGACUAAAGGAUUAGGAAUUCACAAUAAAUCCGCUUCUAGAAAAAAGGUAAAUAAAAAUACUCGAUCAAUAAAAUCAUUGAGAAACAGGAAACCAUCUCUAGAAGACGAGUACAGAAACAAUGAAUCAUUGGGAAUGCUCAGUCCUACACUGGAAGAUACAUCCCGAAAUGGGGAAUCAUUGGGAAUAUCCGAUCAACUUAUAGAAGAUGAAUAUAUAGAAUUAACAGUUAAUAAAGUCCUCAACAGAUUGAAAUUUGUUGAAAAAACUCCUAAUUUUGCUGAAAUGGCGGACAACUUGAUAUAUUCAGAUUCAUUGGAUUAUGGUUCUGGUAAAUCUUUGAUUUACCUUGAGAUACCACCUUGUAGACACAAAUCACCACAUAUUAGCAAAAACCAUGAUGUGUUUUAUGUCGUUAUUGAAGGACAUGGAAGGAUCAUUGUUACAAGAAAAUAUUCCAAGAUUGAAAAAUUAAGCAGAUUUUUUGUACCAAAAGGUGUUUCCUACUUAAUCCACAAUGACAGCAAAACGGAGAAUAUGUUAUUAGUCUGUUUCAGGGUGUUAACUUAAUUUUGAUCAUAUGACUACGCUCUGGAAUAGCAACGAUAGUUUUUUGUUUUUGUAUAAAUUUACUAAUUUAAGAUGUUGAAUUUUUAGCCAUUUGUAAAUAUAAAAAGAUAAAGAUUUAUUCCAUACUUUUACGAUUACUUACAUAUUUCUUUUUUAAUUAAAACCACCAAAUCAUAAACAUAUAAAGUAAUAUAAAACUUUCAAAUAUGUUUAUAUACAGGGUGGCUCACGCUCAACAGGACGGAGCUUUAUGGGAAAACGACCAAAGAUAUAAAAAAUUCGUUUGGGAGGAAUACGUAGGUUACAGACGGCUACAAUUUAAAAUUUGUUAGAUGUAUACAGGAUGUCCCACAUAAGAGA